AUGUUGAUCUGCACCUGGACAGUUCAGCAUCUAAAUCUCCCAGCACAGAGUCCCGACUCUCUUACUGGCUCAAGCAAGCUCCGAAGAACUCUCAAGCGGGCCUGGACUAGAGUAAAAUGGAUGGUCAUCACUUUGAUUGCACCAGAGUUCCUUGCUGGAAAAGCUUUUCAGGACUUCAUGAUGGCACGAAAGUCUCGUAACCAAAUGAGGAAGUUUGUUGGUACAGACUGCGUUUCGUGGUCUUUGGCGCACGCCUAUUACGCUAAUAUGGGAGGGUUCAUAUUGAAAGUCGAUCCGGAGGCAUUGAUUAAUGCUGAGGAAGCGUCAUCGCAGGUUUGUCAGUGCCAAUCCAUCACUGCCACCAAGAGCACAGUAGACGGAAGCGAGGUCAGUGAAGGGCUCAAUGACAAUACUGCUCGGCAACUCCAAGAACCUCAGCUUCUGCCUCAAUCUUUGCUCACCGUCACAGUCGAUGAGAAGAAAGAACAUAGAGCGCCAUCCGCAGUGUGUGAAGAAGUGGCUCCUCCCUUGAUAGCCUCCAGCUCCAACCCGAAAACUCACAUCAACGAGAUUUCGACUUCAGAUACAACGUUGGAAAAUAUAGGAUACGCCUACCCAAGUGCCGAUCAGCUAUAUGCACUGAGAGAGAUGAUGGUUAUAACAAGCUUACCAGAUGUGUCCGUACGAGAAAUCGAGGACAAGAGCAAAGGCGAUGCAUUCGUCAAAGGGACGACAGUACUCCAAGUCCUCUGGCUCAUUAUCCAGGUCAUUGUACGAGGAGCAAGAGACAUGCCAGUCUCCCAACUUGAGAUAAGCGUCAUCGCAUUCACAGCCUGCGCGCUCCUCACAUACUCCUUUUCAUGGUCCAAACCACAAAAUGUCACUGUCGCAAACCUCGCCAGCGACUCUAUAAUCAGUCGGGAGGUGAUGAAAGCGCUCGAGGACAAGACGAAUGGUGCUUCAUGGUCUCAGAACCUAUUUCUGGGACGUGAUGCCGAUAUCUUUAAGCCAAUUCCCAACGAUGCCGAAUUUGAUUGUCUUCCCAGUAGCAAGUUCCUGACGCUCUUGGAUCUCGGGAUAGUCAUCGCAGGAACCAUAUUCGGCGCAGUACAUCUCAUCGCGUGGAACUUUCAUUUUCCGACUCCAUUGGAGGGUCUCUUGUGGAAACUAGCAAGUGUAUACCUGGCCGCAACCUUGCCUUUCUGUUAUAUCAAUGCCUAUAUAUUCGAGAAGCUGGGUUGGCUAGAAGGGACCUUCGAGAAUUCCGGAGGACUUUCUAAAAACAUGGUGUUGUUGGGGAAGUUUGUGGUUUCUUUGCCUAUCAUAUCUUACGUGCUUGCCCGCUUGUGUCUGAUGGUGUUGAUCUUUAGAUGCCUUUUCUUUCUGGAUCCGAAAACUUUCAUCACGACUUGGGCAAAGGAGGUUCCCCACGUUCGAUGA